CAACCAAGUUGGGAAUGGAAAGCAGCAACAACUGGGACACGACAGGUAUAAUGGUAGAUGAGCAAGAGGUGGGAAGGGGCGGCCGGGGAAACUACCGAUGCAGUCGGUGCGGCGAGCCAAAGAAGGGUCACGUGUGUCCAUAUCAGCCUGGAAACUACAAGUGCAUCAUGUGCGGAAACGUGAAGAAGAACUGUACGUGCGGCGUCCCUUUGACACGCACGAUUGCCGUGCAGUGCGAAAUGGAUGAAGACAUGACGACACGGGUGCUCGACUUGCGAAUGCAGGGUGUAUUUGACGUCCCUGCGUCCGGGCCAUUUGAACUGUAGACGUUAUCGAAGAGACUCUUGCCGUUGAUUCCUGCAGUGGUGGAGCGACACACUGGUUCCAUAUCGUUCCUGGGGCACCACCACCACCAGUGGACGAAUUCGAAUCCUUUCUACAUCGACCCGUCCUAUGUGACUGCAGCACCUACAGUCGAGAGUACACGCUUGUCGAACGAGAUGGUUCCAAUAUUCGCAUGAACUCACAAGGUACAAUACAAAA